GUGUUAUUCUGCCUUGUUUUGUUGACUUUGACUCAGUUUCUUUUUGUUGACCUCGCUGUCAGAUUUACAACAUAUGACUGCACACGUUUCAAAAGAAGACAUGCAAGCUGUUUCUCACUGUAGUUGUUUUGGUUUUGGUUUGUACCGUGAAGUCAGUGUUUACUGACCCGGCUAGUCUAACCAGUUAGUCAGCGCAGCCAUGUCAACGUGGCGCAGGCUGCAUGUGAAGGUGCAGACCACUCGUGGAUUAUUCACCUCCAGACCGGUGACACAACGGCACACAUGGCUGAAAGGACACUUAAUGUUGUGUCAAAGCCUGAGCACAGGCACACCUCUGCGGAAUGACUUCUUUAAAGAUCUGGAGGCUCAGCUGGCAGCCAUGAGGAAGAAGGCAGUGGACGCCCUUCCAGGGAGCAGCUGGUCCGCCCUGGAGAUAAACCCCAACCUUCCCCCCGAGAGAGCCGACAUCGUUAUUGUAGGCGGCGGUGUGGUGGGCUGGUCCAUCGCCUACUGGCUGAAGCAGAAGGAGAGGGUGCGAGGAGAGGUGAAAGUUGUCGUUGUGGAGAAGGACAUGACGUAUUCCCAGGCCUCCACCGUGCUGUCUGCUGGGGGGAUCCGACAGCAGUUCUCCCUGCCUGAGAACAUCCACCUCUCCAUGGCCUCCGCGGACUUCAUGAGGAACAUCAAUGAACACCUCAGCGUUUUGCAUGAAGACCCAGUGGACCUGCAGUUCAACCAAUCAGGAUACCUCUUUCUGGCCAGUGAGGAUGUCGCUCACAUCAUGGAGACAAACUACAGCACCCAAAGGGAUGCUGGAGCCAAAGUUGCACUUCUCUCACCGACACAACUAAAGGAAAAGUUUCCAUGGAUAAACACAAAUGGUGUGGCGCUUGCCUCAUAUGGGCUGGAGAACGAGGGCUGGUUUGACCCCUGGACUCUGCUGAACGCUUUCAGAAGGAAAGCCAUCUCCAUGGGAGUUAUUCAGUGUUGUGGAGAAGUUACAGAUUUUAAACAUACAACAAACAUGGUGAUGACCGCUGAUGGUGAACAUCUGGGUCUCAGGAGAAUACAUUCUGUCAAAGUGCAGAUGUCGAACAGCUUGGAGUACCAGCCUGUGGAAUGUGCCAUUGUGGUGAAUGCAGCAGGAGCCUUUUCUGGUAAACUGGCAGAGAUGCUGGGAAUUGGCCUCGGCCCUAAAGACACCAUUGCAGGAAUUCCAGUGCCCGUUGAGCCUCGGAAAAGGUAUAUCUACGUAUUCCACUGUCCUGAUGGUCCAGGUUUAGACACUCCCUUCCUGAUUGAUUACUCUGGAGUUUACUUCAGAAGAGAAGGCUUAGGAGGGAACUACAUCGCUGGAACAUCACCAGAGGAGGCGGAGGAGCCAGAUACCAGUAACCUAGAGGUGGACCACCAAUUUUUUGAGGACAAGAUUUGGCCCUACUUGGCCAAUCGUGUUCCUGCAUUUGAGAAACUGAAGGUGACGAGUGCGUGGGCAGGUUUCUAUGACUACAACACCUUCGAUCAGAACGGCAUCAUCGGUAUCCACCCCAUGGUCAACAACAUGUACUUUGCCACCGGUUUUAGCGGCCACGGCCUGCAGCAGUCCCCCGCGGUGGGUCGUGCUGUGGCAGAACUGAUCCUGGAUGGGGGCUUUAAAACGUUGGACUUGAACGGCCUCAGCUUCAGACGCAUUAUGGCCGAGGAGCCCAUGCUGGAGAGGAACAUCGUAUAAAGGAGCUGGAACCGUGGCUCACACGCCCGCCAAAGCUAAAUUAUGACAAAAAAAAAAUCAGUACGACAACUGUAUGACAUAAAUUCAUGACUCAAAGUGUCAAAAACCUCUAACAGCCAUAAGAUGUAUGACUUUUGCCAGUCGGGACAAGUGUGACAUUGCUGUAGAGCAACAUAGUCCCCACUUUGACAGCAGAGAGCGCUGUCUGCUUCCUGUUUCCCAGAGUAGAAGAAGUACUCAGAUCUUUUACUUAAUUAGUAAGUACAAAUAACACGGUAAAAAUACUGUAAAAACUGUUACAAGUAAAAGUCUUAAAUUGAAAAUAUUUGUCAAGUGUAAGUAUAUCUUGAUGCUAAUACUUAAAAAUAUACUUAAAGUACCAAAAAUAAAAGCACUCAUGCAGAA